UCAUAUGCACGCCAAAGUCAAUUUCUGCGUAAAUGAGAGCAUUAUUCAUUAUUAUUUUUGGAAAGCCUGCUAAUCAAUAGGUCUGGACUGGUCAUAAUACACAACAUUGUAUUGUAUCAGACAGGAUACUAUCUAUGUUUUAGGGCCAUAUUAUUUAAAACCCUAAUUCGAAUCCCUUCGAAGUAUUAUUAAGAGUGCCUUCAGCAAAACUGUCCGACUCAGAAUCACUAAAAACUUUAAAUUUGGAUAAUUUAAACUUUAUUUAAGAGCGUUUCAGGUAAUGUGUGAGCAAUUAUUUGUCCCUCCUAUUCAGGCUACGUGAUCGGUGACGCACAGGAGACUCUCCAGACUCCAGCACGCACAGGGCUCUCCGAGCAUUAUGAUGGAGUGAGCCGAGACUAUACUGUCCAGCUUCCAGCAAGAGAAGAGCUCCUCCUCCCUCCCCUGCGAUGAGGUAGUUGGUAAGACCGAGCGCUGGUUAAUCACUAAUUUCUCGAGUCCGCGCGUCGCGUCCUCCGUCUUAAAAGUCCUGUCAUGCAUGCAACGUCCCCGCCGUUGCGCGCCUGACCUCCUGCGUUUUAAACUACGUAUUUUGUUUGUUCAUCACCCGGCAUGGGAGAUCAGACUGAGCCGACCAUGGUACAGAAGUCGACAUCGUUCAGCAUCAAGAGCCUGUUACUCCCAUCGAAGUUUGACGAUGAGGGCGCGGAGCGCAGCGGCAGCCCGGCACCCGUACAGGACUUAGACAAACCCCCGGAAGCGUCCGAGAUGGACCCCGCGCAGCGAGACGCGGAGGAGCAGCUGUCUAAAAAGGUAAAGAAAUUCGACAAGCCUCCGUUCAGCUACAACGCGCUCAUCAUGAUGGCCAUCAGACAGAGUCCCGAGAAGCGGCUCACGCUCAACGGCAUCUACGAGUUCAUCAUGAAGAACUUCCCGUAUUACCGGGAGCACAAGCAGGGCUGGCAGAACUCCAUCCGGCACAAUUUGAGCCUCAAUAAGUGCUUCGUGAAGGUCCCGCGGCAUUAUGAUGAUCCUGGGAAAGGGAACUACUGGAUGUUGGAUCCCUCCAGCGAAGAUGUGUUUAUCGGCGGAACCACCGGGAAGCUCCGCCGGCGCUCGGCGACCUCGCGGGGCAAGCUGGUGAUGAAAAGGGGCCUCCGCUUCGCGCCCCUCGGACUCGGACUGGGCGAACGCCCGAGCAACCCGCUCUACUGGCAGCUGUCUCCGUUUUUACCCAUCCACCACUCGCACUACAACGGCUCCACGCACGGAUUUCUAAACCAAGGACACGCGUACGGAUCGUUUCUCCCGGGCGUCGAGCCGCUCGGGAACGGGGAUAUGUCUCGCUCCAUUCUGGGAGCCUCUAGCGGGAGUAUCAACGGGUACGGCGUGUCUCCGUCGUCCGCCGCCGGAUUACUUUCAGGGCACAGUGGAUACUUCGUACCGGGCGCGCAGCAGCCGCAGCCGCUUCCGAGCGCGCCGGGAUACGGCAUCUCCAGCUCUCCGUCCCCUCUGCUGUCGGAUUCCCUAAGAACUAGUUUGCCGUCCUUCACAGCACCACUUUCUAGCGGACUUCUGUCUCAACACAAACGCCUCGCGCCCAAUUCGUUUCUAAGCUGAGCUUUGCGCGUCCUUUCCAAUGGGAACAUCCAAACUUUCCUAGAAAACCGAAACGUGCAAGCUUUCCUUUUGUGUGAGGACUGUGCGAUUUUUUUUCUCGUCUAUUUAAGAUUAUUUUGUAAUAGUAGUAUGAUGUUAUGCCAAAGGCAAUAACCGUAUGUGUUUGUUUUUCUUUCUUU